AUGGGAUAUGAUCUGCAUGGAUUAAAAACAGGGCCGGAAGAGUACGUUCUUGAUAGAACAGUUGGGGAGAGUGCAUGCUUAGAAAUGUUUCGGAUUCGUCAUUUGGAAACUGUCUUAGCGGAGCUGUAUAAAGAGAAGAAAGUGCGAGGGUUUUGUCACUUAGGAAUUGGGCAGGAAGCUAUUCCGGUGGGGAUAUCCUUGCACUUAGAUCCGGAGGAUAAGCUGAUUACUAGCUAUCGCUGCCAUGGGUUGGCUUUAGUGGCGGGGAUGGAUCCAAAGGAGAUUAUCUGCGAACAAUUAGGAAGUGUAGAAGGAUGUGCACGGGGGAAAGGAGGGUCGAUGCAUUUGUAUGGGAAGCGGUUCUUUGGUGGGCAUGGGAUAGUGGGGGCUCAGGUGCCUUUGGGGGCAGGCUUGGCUUUUGCUGAGAAGUAUCGGAGUUUGCUAGGGAAGCCGGAAUGUUUGACUAAAGACGAUUUAUGUCCGGUUGGGAGCUGGACGAUGAAGGCAUGGGAGAUAAAUGAAUGCAAGCAUGUUAGUGUGGUGUGCUUUGGUGAUGGAGCAGCUAAUCAGGGGCAGGUUUAUGAAACUAUGAAUAUGGCGGCGCUGUGGAAGUUGCCGGUGGUGUUUGUUUGUGAGAACAAUGAGUACGGAAUGGGCACUCCGGUCUGCCGGGCUAGUGCUAGCACGAGCUUUUACAACCGGUUCUCAUUUAUGCCGGGGAUUCGGGCGAGUGGGAUUGACAUUCGGGAGGUGGCUGGAGCUUUCAAGUAUGCUCGGGAGUAUGCGCUAGCCCAUGGCCCGAUUUUACUGGAGUAUACUACUUAUCGGUACAAUGGACACUCAAUGACGGAUGCUUUUACUGGUUAUCGCCGGCACGAAGAGGUCGAGGACCAUAAGACAAGAGAUCCGAUUGAGAUUGCUGGCACCUGUUUGGAAGAGAUGAAGGAUCGGCUGUUGGCGGAGAUGAAUGAAGCUGCCCAUCGCGAAAUGGCAUCAAUUCGCGAGGUUGCCCUACGAAGUGAGCGGUGCAAAGACCACGAAUUAUGCACAGAUGUCUUAGUCUAG